GUGACAAACAGAUGCAUGAAGUUAUUCAAGGCCCCAGGUAAGCCAGCCUCUUCCGGGAAGCCCUUCCUUAUGGCCAGGGAUUCACAGCAGUCUCGUCAUUUUCCAAGCUUGAAUUAACUGAUCUUCUGUCCGAUGCUCUUUCCUUGGGGGUUGGAGCCAAUGGGGUAAGAUCGUGUCUCCCCAUCGCUUGGGGUCUCCCACAGCCCUCAGCCCAGGAUAUGACACAGGGAAGCUGCUGGACAUGCUGAAAUCUGUGCACACAGACUCUUUCCCCCACACUUUGCUUGCUCUUGCAUUCUCGGCUGGUGACACGCACACUCUCCAUAUCCAGGCCUUCCGGCAUUGUCCCCACACCCUCCCAACCUAGACUGCUUCCCUCUUUGGCGAUCCCCAGAUCCCAGGCCCUUGCUCUCCUGACCAAAUGCCUUUCAUCACAGCGCCGAUGUGUGCUCCACACUGAAUCAUGCUUACAGACUUUAGCACCCCUCUGGAGGUAAAUACUCUCAUGCUCGCCUCACAAAGAGAGAAACUGAGGCUCAGAAGGGUUAAAUACUUGCCCAAGGGCACAGAGCAGCAGAGAGGUAAAGCCAGGGAUGCACCUAGAGUCUGUAAACCUCAAGCCCUACAGCUCGUUCUCUCUCUUGUUCCACCCGAGGGGAGCUGAGCCUUGAACCUAGUCACUCUGAGGACAGAGCCAAGAGAAGAAAGAAAUUGAGUGAACACAAAAUAAAAAAGCGGUCAGGGAGAGGAAUUUCCCCCCAGAGUUUUACCAAAGAGAGCCCUGCCUGAGUUACUCCUCCUGGUGCUUCAGAGACUCACUUCACACACACCCUUCCCGGGGACCCUUUUUCCCCUCCAUUGGCCCAGCCCGCAGCCUUAGUAAAGCACCCUCAUUAGAGAGAGGUUCAGUCCCCCUAAACGUCCCCAAACAGUCUGGGGGGUGGGCCCCUGGGGUUAGACACAGAUGGGCAGGAAACAGAGAAGGGUGGGGUAGCCCAGGACGUGCCCGGCCGGGUCUCUGAUACUGCCUAGGGCACAACCACUAUUCCCGAGAUAAAGCGGAGUGAUGUUGGGGGUGGUUGGGGCUACAUCUGCCAGCGCCUUCCUAUCCUAAUCCUGCCUCCUCCCACCUGAUUCUGCACUACUUCCGACACAUCAUGCCCCGGCGCCUCCCUCCUAUCCUUUGGUGGCUGCGUGAUGACGUUAGAGGUGGAAAGCAGUGAAAACUGGAGUCACAGGUUUUCAAAGGAAGCACCCUUCCAUGUGCCUACUGAGCAGAUAGAGAUGGGGGAAGGUGGGGGGGGGCAUUUACAAGUGCAGAGCCUGCCAUCCCUAGGGACAUUUGGGCAUGGGAAGGGGGGACAUUUUCAGUACCUUUCCCAUCUUCCUUUCCUCCUCCCGACCCAACACACAGACACACAGACACACACACACACACACACACACACACACACACACACACACACACAAAGAAGAAGGCAGAGUUGGGCAGAAAGCAACAGAAAACCAGUGAGCAAAAUUCUGAACCUUAAACUGCCAGGCUCCGGGCUGCCUGUCAUGCCAAAUUUUCUGCCCUCUCUCUACUCUAAAGCUCCCCCUCCAGGCUACCCACCUUGGGAAAAAGAAAACAAGAUGGGUAGGUAGAAGGAAGAAAGAAAAAGGAGGAGAAAGAGAGUCUGGCAUUCAUUUCCCAGGAAAGCUGGUCCUCCACCCUACCCCCAUGCCCUCCGGACAGUCUCCCUGAGUGUCCUUCAGAAAUCCAAGGAGACGCCCACAACCCCUCAGGCUUCACCUGGGGCCAGAGCAAGGCUGGUGAAAGAGGAGGCCCAAGGGGAAUUGUUUUGGAAAGUUACAAGUAGCUGAAAAUAGGGGCUUAGCACGAGCAAGCCUCCUCAACCUUGACUGUAAUAAAAACAGAUAAUGCGUGAGUGAGCUAGGGAGAGAGCGCUGGCAGGGGCCGCAGAGGCCGGCUGGAUGCAGACGGUUUAGAAUUCAGAGGAGAUGCCAAGUGAGUAAACAGCGAAUGAAGGAUUGUCCGGAUGGGCCAGGAGCCAUUCCAGCAAGAAAUUGGACGGGGACAUGUCAGGAUCCACAAGCACUUUGACUCCUCAUCAAGGGAGCAGGGCCUGCUCCCUCCUCCAGGCUGCCCUUUGCAUUGCCCCUAACGAGCAGGAUCCAAAGAACCGGAGCUGUUUCCAGGACUGCAGCAUAGUGAUUCCACUUUCCUCUGCCAAUCGCUCCCCGAUCAGCCAUGAGCUGAAGCCACGGAAGCGACCAGGCUACUUCAAGAGCUCCCUUUCCCCAGUGAGGACUGCUGUGAAGAAGAAAUGCAAGGCUGACCGUGGAGAACGAGGGGGUCUGUGGACCCGCCAGGCCCUGCUGGGAGAUUCUGUCUCGCCACCUUCCCUGACCUGCAGCCCUGCCCAACCACUCCUCUGGGCUGCCUUCCUCGCCGUGGCCCCUGAGGGAUCAUCCUGGCAUCAUGCUCUUCGGUGCCCACCUGACCCUCACCCCCAGGGAACAAGUCCCCAGCUAAGUUUUCCUAUUUCAGAAUGCCAGGACCUUCACAAUCUGGCCCAACCUACCUUUUCCAAGCCUCAACUCCGGCUAGCGUCCCCUAACAGCUUCCCUUCUGGCCACGUCCAAGCACUCAGUGCUGCUUCAACUGAACGAGACCCCACUUCCGGGCCACUGCAUGUGCUGUCCCUCGCCACACCGAACGCCUCACCCCUACUGCUCACGUGGCAAGCUCUUAGCCUUUCUUCAAAACCCAAGGCCCCGGACUAAAGCUCAUGCUCUUUGGGUCUGCUGGUGUUUGCUGGAACCCCAAGCCAACUUCUCACUGCAAGCUCCCCCUUUCCAGAGUCAUCUGUGGAUAGAAGAGCUAACACAGGUCAUGUUCUUAGAACGGCACCUGGCCCGUAGUGAUCACUCAACACAUCUUUGCUGUUCUGAAGGUAGCUGACUGACACUGCUUCAGUGGAACCCCCGCCCCCCGACUCCUCCUCCACCAGGGCUGAAGCAGGCAUGUCCUCCCUGGAGCUUCCGGAACCCCCAUCCCAGACAUCAAUCACUUGGUGCAGGAUAAUGACAAGAUAACAGCUGUCA